UUUUCUUCUUCUUGAUUUGCUUUUUGGGCCGUCCUUCACCGCCAUAAUGGAGAACGGGGAAGAGAGCGGCGCCGGAAGCAAGCGGUCCACCGCCGAAGCCAACCCCGACCCUGAUCCACCUCCGACCUCUCCCUCUCGCACUCCCUUCACCAGCCUCAGCCAGGUCGAUGCCGACCUCGCCCUCGCCCGCGCCCUCCAAGAACAGGAAAGGGCGUACGCGAUGCUGAGGAUGAACGGCGCUGAUGGCAGCGAUUACGAGAGUUCUGACGCAGGCAGCUAUGAUUACGAUGAGGAGGAGAAUGGGGAUGAUGUGGGAGACGAGGCAGACCAUGUGAUUGAGGAGGGAGGGAGCAUCGAGGGGAGUGACUACGGAGAGGACGCCUUCGAUGCCAACGAUCCUGUUGUAGAUCCGGAGGAUUUCGAAAACGAUGAGGAGUUUGCAAGGGCUCUGCAAGAUGCCGAGGAGCGGGAGGUUGCUGUUAGGUUGAUGUCCCUUGCCGGAUUGAAUGAAUGGGUGUCCGAUGAUCAUGGUGACCAUGGCGGUAAUUCUCAGGAUGCUUGGCAAGAAAUUGAUCCAGAUGAAUACUCAUAUGAGGAGCUGGUUGCACUGGGGGAAGUAGUUGGAACUGAAAACAGAGGCCUUUCUUUCGAAACAAUUGCUGCUCUGCCUUCAGUCAAUUACAAGGCAGAAAAUGUGCAAGAUAAUAAUGCUGAACAAUGUGUUAUAUGCCGGCUGGAAUAUGAGGAUGGUGAUUCAUUGGUGGUGCUUUCUUGCAAGCAUAAAUACCAUUCUGAAUGUAUUAACAAGUGGCUCCAACUAAACAAGGCAUGCCCUAUCUGCAAUACCGAGGUCUCUACAUCAGGGAGCAAGUGAAAUGGGGUAAACUUUCAAAAUGACCAUUGUUCUUUGUUGGAUGCUUUGUCAACGUGAUAAAGGUGAAACAGCUGUUCCUACUACGAUAAGAACUUGUCGUAACACGCAUAGGACGUCACAUUGCGAUGUAAUAUUAUCAAUUCUUAAUGUACAAAACCUCUUGCUCAU